AUGAAUUCUGAAGAAGGUACAAGUAAUAACCAAAACAAAACUGAAGCAAGAGUAGAAGGAAAUUUAAAGAAAAAUGGUAAUCAAUCAAUUGAUCAAACAACCAAAUCAUCUAAAGUUACACUGCUUGAAAGCAAAUUAUGUGGAAAUCAACUUAAGUUAAAUAAUAAACUAGAUGAGAAUAGUGCCAAGAAUCAUUUGUCUUCUAAGGCUUCAGUUGCAUUUGCUAAUGGUACAAAAUCCAUUCAAGCUAGCACAUGCAAUUUCACUAAUUCUAUGGACCAAGAUAGAAAUGAUGGCAUGUUGAACAUGAGUGUACCUUCCAUGUUUUUGAAUACUAAUAAUAUCAAGCCUCAAACUGUGAACAAUACUGUUACAAGUCAAUUGAAGCAUAAGACUGUAUUAAAUACCAGCGCUUUAAAUUUGCCUAAACCUCAGAUGCACUUAAAUUUAUCUUCCAAUCAAAUCAACAAUACCCAUACAAAUCAUGCUUGUUCUUAUAAUGCUGGCACUGCGUCAAAUCCUGUUUUACAUUUAAACAAUUCAGCACUAGCUUCUUCUUCGAUGCAACCAAAUUUAUCAGGAAUUAAACCAAAUGAAGAUAUUGAUAUGAAAAAUAAUGUAGAUUAUAUUUCUGGAAUUGAGAAGUGUCCGUCAAAAGUGUCGUGCAGUUCAGAUUCAAGUCCUGAAAUGGAUGGUGCCUGGGCAUCAAAAUCCUAUGGAUCUAAGUGUGUAUUAAACAAUAUAGGAGGUAGUAUAGGUUCCACAAGUCAAGGAACAUGUUGUUUCUUAAGACCUAAUAUUAAUGGUAAUAGAGAAGUAGCAGGACCAAGUGGAUUGCAAAAAAGUAUUCAAAAAGAACCAAGCGAAAGGAGGGAUUCAAGUUCUGGAAAUGAGGGUGAUAUGUCAGAUGGAGAAGAUUAUUGUAUUUAUACAUACAAAGGAAAUGACGACGUGAUUCAUUUAGCUCAAAAGGAAGAAGUAAAUCAGAGACAAGUAGAAGAACACGAAGAAGAAGGACAAUAUCAUAGCGGUAGAUCAAGUCCAGAGAUGGACUUUUUAGAAAUGGAUUUUGAUCCUGGGCCUUCUUGCGAACAGGAUACAGGAGAUAGCGAUUUGGCCUCUAUAAAUGAAGACAUACAGAAUAUAGCACUAGAUAAUGUAGAUCCAGAUCCAGUAUUAAAUGACUUAAGUAGUGGUAAAGUUGUGUCUAGACAAGGAAUUGCAACUACGUCACAAAAUCCUAAACAAAGUGUACAAAAUGUGAAUAAUACAGGACCCCAGCAAUGUUCUAGUAGCCAACCUGCACCAGAACCAAGUAUAAAACCAAGUUAUCCUUCAUCAUGGAUGCCAAGCACGAGUGGUGCUACUGGAAAAUGGGAAACUCUUGGCAUGCAUCGUAAUACAGGAUGCCCCUUACGAGAAUCUUACGGAUAUCAUAAUACGAGCGGAGAUCUUAUUUCACCCGGUGACAAUAGAGAUUCCGAUUCAGAACUUUGGGCUGAAUCUUCAGCAGCUUCUGUUCCAGAAAAUUCAAAUUUAAAUUCUAGGAGAGUGAAUCUCAGUUCAACUCUUUAUCACCGCAUGAUGGCAAAGAAAUUGAUGCUCAAUAAACAAGCUGCAUUUAAUCAGAGCGGUGACUCGAAUCUAGAAAACGAACUGUCUAAUGAAAGAUUAGAUGGCCUUUUACCAGUUGAAAAAGUUAUGCUAUGGAGUGAACAAGAAGCUACAGUGAAGCAAGUAACACAAAUUGGAACUUCCGCUUGUGGUGCUACUUCCGCAAUAAACGCUUUACUGGCUUUAAACGUAUCAUUUUCAUUGGAAACGCUAGUAAAAAGUGUAAACACUAGACAAAGAGAACCAGGCACACCAUUACCGCGAUAUUUAUAUAGCCGAUCGGUGGCAGGAUCGACACACAGAGAUUUGGCUCGUGGUAUCGCUGCAAGUGCGAAUGGUACAGUUAUAACAAAGUUCUUUGCAUUUUAUCCGGAAAGGAAAAUUUCUCUGUCUCAUUGGUUACAUUAUUGGAUAUCAAGAGGUGCUGCACCUAUAGCAACGUUAAAUUUACAACAUUGUGGAGAAGGGUGUGAUAUUCCGGAUGCUUGGCAUCACCAAAUGAUAUUUGGUGUAGGACAAGCAGGAAUAUAUUUAACUAAUCCAUUAGAAUGUUUACCCGAACAGUACGUUUGGCAUCAACUUGUAAGUCCCAGUAUUUUAUUAGUACGAAGAGCUGAUGUUUUAGCUCACUGGAAUCCUAAUACAGACCUAACACCACUCGCUACUAUGGAUCAUAAGUGGCGAAAGCUCAACGUUCUCGGGCAAGUUGUAAAUAUGGUACGCGAAGCAAUGUCCCAGAGGCGACAAGCAAAUAGUGUAACUAAUGGUGCAACUCACAUUCGUAUUCCUGCGUCCUAUCAAGCAGGAAUUACAUUAGUUAUGUGUGCAGAUUCUGCUGCUGCUUCCGAGUUGUUAAAUGCUGAACAAUUACCAUUACUCUAGUCUUGUUGAUCAAAAUUAAUAAAAUCCAGGCUGCCCCCUUUUUUAUUUGUAAUAAAUUUAAUUAGCAGGCUGGUCCGCACAAUGUUAUUUACAAUAGUUCGUUUACUAUGCAAAACAAUUAGGGUCAGAAUUGAAAUGAUUUACAUUUUUAACACGAAAUACGUUUGUAUUCAAAGAGAAUAUUAACAAUUAAAAUAUAUUUCAAUAGAAUAUUUCCGUUUUAUAUGCAGUUAUAUUUAUAAAUCCAUAU